AUGAUCCCGACGCGCCCUGUCCUCUCGAAAGCCCUCCGGAGGGCGCUCACGCCUAAACAUGGCAACAAAGACUUCUACAAGGGUACACGCCAGGCGUUCUUGCCUGGUGGACACCGUACCGGUGCCCCCGGAAAGCAUGUCGUGAGGGGUUCGGGAAAGUACAGGCUCGUGGACGAGCAGGUCAGGGUGUUUGUCGCGCCCGCGAUUGUGGACAUCGAGAAUUCGAAGCUCAAGGCGUACGUCUCUAGCAAAAUAUCCGCCGAAGGCGUCAAGGGUUAUCCGGAAGAGGUCUACGGUGCGAGUCUUGGGCGGGGGCUAUUACCACGCACAUACUACGAGAUCGCUCCCCGUGAAUAA